AUGUCACUAAAGAACAACAAGAGGGAAGAAUACGACAAGAUAUCAACUUGUGAAACCAAAAAAGAAAUAUGGGAUGAAUUGGAGAUAACUUAUGAAGGAACCAACAAGGUCAAGAAGUCAAAAACUGUUGCUCUGGUCAAUGAAUACGAGUCAUUCAAAAUGGAAGAAAAUGAGGACAUUGAAACAAUGUUUCACAAUGAUGAAAUGAAGAAACCAGUAUCCUUCAAUGCUGCUCCAACCAAAGAUAAGGAUAUUCUCGAAGAUGUUGAUAGAGAAGGAAUGGCUCUCAUGAACUAUGGGGUAAGGCAGAUCAUAAGACAGAUGCAGCAAAGAUCCUAA